GGGUAGAGGCGACCUGGGAAGCUUUUAUCACGGCAGAACCGGAGGCGGCGCGGAGGAAACUUUCCCUCCCGGUCCCUGGUGGUGCAUCCGCGGCCAUGUUGGGAUCCCGAGUGUGGGGGGAAACUCCUCGGCAGGGCAAAGGCGGCGUCGCCGUGCGGGAUCGGGCAAGAGGAGAAAGGAGGCGUAGGGAGGCGUAUGUGCUCCUCCCGGCGCUGAGGGGUCCAGAUGGGCGCGGGUCCCUCUUUCUCUCUCCCUUCGCCCCCGCGGGCGCAUUAGAGGAGGCUCCUUCGGUGUUGCCCGUGGAGCUCGCCGUGGCGACGGUUGGUGCCCGAGACCACCGCCUGGCCGUUGGACUCUGCGAGCGGCAAAGUGCAAGCCUCGCCUUGACUCCGUCGUGUUCAGGCGGCGGCGUUCAACUUGGCAUUAGUUGGGAUUCAGGGAAGCCGCGAGCACGACAGGAGAGAACCGGGACGUGGCCUCUCGUCCUUCUAUUGAUAGGAUAGGAAAGUUGAGAGACGAGGAGCUCCUUAACCUCUUAGAGUCAUUUUUGGCCUUGUCCCAUCCAAGAAAGGAACCGGCCGCCCGAAAUAAUGAAUCCCGCUGGUCAGAGGGGAUGUUGCUCUUGGAUGGCAGCAACUUCACAGGCACUCCAAGAAACUCUCUGUUAAGAGAGUCCCCUUGUCAUGGAUUUCUGGGCUUUAGAAAGCUGUACGAAUAUUUAUUUAGUUACGCGCUCCCGUUUCUUCAUGGACAAAGCGAAAACCAUUUUCCCCCGGACUUUCACUCGAGUACAAGAGCUCCCCCCCGCCCAAUUUUUCGCUUUCAUCCGGCCCUUUAUUAUAGCUCUAAAAUUAGAAAAGAUCUUGUGAGCUGAUUUGGAGGGUGGGGUAGUAAGUUAAGGAAAUAAGUCAGUUUAUGAAAAGCGUGCGUAUCUUGCCCUUAAGCUUCUAAACAAGCGAAUUUCACAGCGGUGGUGUGGAAUCGUUUUGUGUUUCAGAGGAGGACAGGGAACUUCCUGUGCCUGUCAACAAGUGGAUUGCAGGUUGAAGGAAGUUGGCUGUCUUGCCGUAUUGUUUCUUCUAAUAGGUUGGGCCUAGUUGACAUACCGUUAGUGCUUGUGCUUUAAAAAAGAUUUUUUGCCAUGGAUAUUCUGGAGACUAUGCCAACUGCUGUUCUGUACUUUUUCCUGAAUAAGGGCUAGUUCUUAAGCAAACAAAACUGGAAUGCUGAAAGGUGUAGGACUUUUUUCCUGCCAAAACAUGCAUAGGAUGGCAGCCUUAAACAGGGAAGACUUUGCUCCCUAGAAGUCAAUUGAAAGUUGUUAUGAAUUAUUUUUGAGGAGAGUUCAGAACGUUGCAUCUGUUAGGAGAUUAAGAUAAAUAUCUCAGUUGAAAACAUCUUAGUUUGUCCUUCUAUCUUACAAAAGUUGCCAUAAAUUUGUCCCAUCAACUACCAUUUCUCAUAUUGGUCUGAUCUGACUGUUCUAAUGCAGCCCAGAUCCACGCUAGGUUUUUAGACUGUUACUUGGUUCAGUUGUAUGGCAGAAAACUCACUCCAUGCCCUGUCAUCCUGUCACUAUUGCUCUCUCAAUUCUGCUUUUCUUUUUGGACCCCAUUUAUGACAAACUUUUUGGUGAUUGUGGUUUCAGUGCACUACCAAGUAAUGUUAUAAUAAAACUAUAACUCUUUCAGGUGGGAGUGCCAUUGAGGCUGUAGAAACUGGCUUAUAGCUCCCCCCCCCCCGCCUCCCCGCCGUCUCUUUCUGGACAUCAGUGACCUGCCUGUCAGGUGUUGCAUGGCAGUUCUUGCAGUUUGGUAGCAGAGGACAUUUUGCCCUUUGUAUAGACCAAGGAUUCUAGCAAAAAAUGGUGGAUCGCUUGGCAAACAGUGAAGCAAAUACUAGGCGAAUAAGCAUAGUGGAAAACUGUUUUGGAGCUGCUGGGCAGCCCCUGACUAUUCCUGGUCGUGUUCUGAUUGGAGAAGGAGUGCUUACAAAGCUGUGUAGGAAGAAACCAAAAGCAAGGCAGUUCUUCUUAUUCAAUGAUAUUCUUGUGUAUGGUAACAUUGUCAUCCAGAAGAAGAAAUAUAACAAACAGCACAUCAUUCCAUUGGAAAAUGUAACUAUUGAUUCCAUCCAGGAUGAAGGAGAUUUACGGAAUGGAUGGCUUAUUAAGACCCCAACUAAAUCUUUUGCAGUGUAUGCUGCUACUGCGACAGAAAAAUCAGAAUGGAUGAACCACAUAAAUAAAUGUGUUUCUGAUUUGCUUUCUAAAAGCGGGAAGACCCCCAGUAAUGAACAUGCUGCUGUCUGGGUACCUGAUUCUGAAGCUACUGUGUGUAUGCGCUGCCAGAAAGCAAAAUUUACCCCUGUCAAUCGUCGGCACCACUGCCGGAAAUGUGGAUUUGUUGUAUGUGGUCCCUGUUCUGAAAAGAGGUUUCUUAUUCCUAGUCAGUCUUCCAAACCUGUGCGAAUCUGCGACUUCUGCUAUGACCUCCUUUCCACAGGGGAGGUGGCUACAUGCCAGCCCACAAGAUCAGACUCUUACAGUCAGUCACCGAAGCCUCCUUUGAAUGAUAUAUCAGAUGAUGACGACGAUGACGACAGCAGUGACUAAACAAUGAAAGAGAACGUCUUGAUGUUAUGAUUGGUGUUUGAACCUAAGUUGCUGUAUGAGGAAACCUCUAAUUGCAGGGUCUUCUGACAGGCCCACCCUAGCCAUGAUAUUUGCCUGAAAUACUUUCAACUCAGAUGUGCCUCAGUAUCUGCAUCUCCUAGAUAUAUCAUCAUUCUCUUUUCUGCAGGGAUAUACUGUUGCAAAUAUAUCAUUCUCUGUCUUUGUAUACUUGAUUUCAUCUAUAGGGAGGUGAGUUGAUGCUCUUUCCUUCACCCUUCUUUCAGUGGAAGAUUAGGAAAUCAAGGACAGAUUCUUUUUUCUUCCCAAAAGCAUCCCACAUUGUUUUGACAAUAAUACCUUAUGGCUUCUUAUAUUGAGGUGGGGUAGGGAAAUUAAAUCUGCAUAGAACUGGUAUUUUGAUUAGCAAAUUGAAUAGAACAUCUAACCAGACUUUGAAUGAUACUGUACUAAGAAUUUUGUAACAUAAAUGCAUAGUGUAAUGUCAUUAACUUUUAAAAUGUUAUGCAAGAUAUCAUAUACCAAGUGGUGCCUUGUAAUGACUGCACUGUUGCAGGAAGAAACUAACCUGUUGUACCCUCUUGAAUGCAACAAACUAAAAAAUAGUUGGUGCUAUUGACAAUAAUUGUUGUAUAAUUAGGAUGUGAGUAAUGAGGGUUGUGAGUAUAUCACUAUAAUGUAUAUUGUCCAACAACUCCUUGCACCAAGUUUCCUCUAAGGUGCUGUAUGAAGAUCAAUGCAGCACUGUUGCAGAGUCCAACUAUUGUGAGACCCCAUAGGUGUGGUACUCCCACAGCAUGAGUGAACUGCUGUGCUUGGGGACUACUUAGAUCUUCAAAUGGAUUACAUCUCUUCCUACUUUCAAAAUGUUUGGAGAUUAUUAAAUGCUUAUAGUUAUCAGGUAUUAGCAAGAAGUAUUGUCUCAGAUCAUGGUAUUUGCUGUAAUGUUUUUGAUUUGAUAUUUAUGAAAUGUAAUUCAUCAGAUACUUCACUAACCGUUUUAAACUGUAGGAAUUGAUUUCUAUUAUAGUUAAAAUGUAUUUUAAAAGCACAACAACAUGGGGAGAUGUCCCGGUUGUCCAUUAGAAGGAAAAAAAAAUGGCAAAAAAGUCCAUCCUUGUACACUGCUGACCUCAAGAUAGAUUUAAACUGCAGAUGACUUCAUUUUAAAUAUAUAAAUUCAGAACCAGGUUAAUAGUGCAAAAAGUGUUUCCAGUAUUUACUUUUAACAACAUUCUUUUCUAUGAUGGUAUCAAUUUUACAGUAAUGUCAGAUUUAGCUCUGAAAUUUUGUAAAAACCCAAUACAUAUCUCUAUUUUUAUAUUACUGUGGUAUGUGUAAUCAGUUCUUGUAGAAGACCCCUGACAGAACUGUGUGGGACUUUGGUAGUACCUGAGAGUUUAUUGAAUUGUUAAAUAUUGUUUGUAUUAAAAAGUAAUAGUAUCUAGACAUUUGUUCAUUAAUUUACAGUUUCUACACUUUUUGCCUCAUCUGGCAAUAACUGGGCUAUAUUUAUUGAAUAAACAAUCAAUUCUGCAUCUUGCACAAGUCUCCCAGUCUGUAAUCUGACUGCAUUAGCACAUAUGUUGGUGUUGGAAAAAUGUAGAUGAGGCGUACAGUUCAUUAGGUGAUGUGGAGGAGCCUGUGUUCACUUUAGGAUUUGCUUGUAAAUGUGUUGGAGAUCAUUCAGCUACAGUGCCGGGUACUAGCCUGUUCAGAGCUAUAGUUUUCCUGCUGAUGUCCAAAUACUUGGACAACACUACCAGAAAAGGAACACUGUAUUAAGCAAGGUGGCAAUCUAGAAAGACACACAUUCACCUACAUUGUCUGAAGGUGUCCAAACAGUUUUCCUCCCUGCUUCUUGAAUUUAUAAUUUGUCACUAUGAAUUCAGAAUAAUUUGAGUAUCUAGGAAGAGGGACUUAAAGAUCUAGCUAGAUUAUAGUCAAAAUAUUUUGAUUGGGUUAACUAUUUUACAGUUUGAUAAAUGUAAAUAUAAAGACUGUAUUAGAACUAGAAUGAGCCUCACUAGUGAUUGGACUAAUUACACCUUCCCCUCUUCUGUGUGGGCGCACAAGGAAAUUGUGCAUUUCUUUGUACAUUAACCACAGUUGCAUUAUUUGAGCCAUAAACUCUGCUUAAGCUUAACUAUGGUUAUUUGAGACAAGCAAGUCUCAAAAACUCUGAUUUAAAGCUUGUAUGUUUCAACAAAAUGUACUUAAAUUAACCAAUUUGGAUGACAUGGGAAGUUGUGGUUAAUAUGCAAAAAGCAUGUUUCUUCUACAAAAUCCUUUACUCAUAGUACAGAGAUACACUAUAAGGUACACCUUAAUAUAGUUCUGUUUUCUUCUUACACUGUGUUGUGCAAAAGACUUUGAAUGUCAUAUUUGCUCAAUUAUGUUUUUAUGUUGCACAAAUACUUCUGCACUUUCUACCUGCAAGAAAUUUAUCUUUAAUUUGGCAAUAUUGUUGGCCUACCAACCCCUAAUCCCAUUAUUUGUGAGUGAGAUUCAUUCUGUGCUGCCGUUGAUCCCUGAAGCUGUUACCAAAUUGACACUGUAGGAGAGAAUAAUUCUAGGAAUAGAAGUGUAAAAAUAUUGCCACUUUUGUGGUUCUGCUCACAGUUUUGUUGUGUAAAGUAAAACUGUCUUGUUAGUCAAACUUUUAAAAGGGCUUAAUAAAUGGUUUUGUAACUUU